AUGCAACCAGCCCGACCUCCUCCUGCGGGCUGCACAGUAACACUGCUGCCGGCCCCCAAACCCCACCACCACCUUCCAGAACGGGAAAAACGAGGUGCCGCGAAGCCCCGCGUCAGCGGGGAGCUGCAACUGAAAACCACCCUGUGGGAGCUGGUCGUCUACGCCAUCUUCCUGGCAGACCUCUCCAUACUGACGUUCGGCAUGGUGAGCACGGACAUGUACUACCUGAACAAAGCCAUGUCGCGGCUCUUCGUGGAGCCCGAGGACGGCACGAGGGGCUUCGCGAGCAUCGGGAGCCGGGACGAUUUCUGGAGGUUUGCUGAAGGACCCCUGUUGGAUGGACUCUACUGGGACAAAUGGCAUAACAACACAACCUUGGCCCUCCAGCACAACAGCAGCCACAUUUACUAUGAGAAUUUGCUGUUAGGAGUACCCCAGAUUCGCCAGCUGAAAGUACGCAACAACACCUGCUCCAUCUACCCCUAUUUCCAUACUCUCUUAGAAGACUGUUACGGUGACUAUCGUUACCGAGCUGAAGACCGGUCUGCAUUUGGUCUAAAGAACGAGUCUCAAUGGAAAUACACCGCAGCCUCCUCGCUGUCCCCGUGGUACUGGGGGUCUAGGGGCGUGUACAGCAGCGGAGGAUAUAAGUUCACCUUACCCGAAUCGAAGGAGGAGACCGUGGAGAAGCUGGCGUUUCUCAGGCAGAACGGCUGGCUCACUAGAGGAACCAGGGCUGUAUUUAUCGACUUCUCAACGUAUAACGCUAACAUAAACCUCUUCUGUAUAAUCAAGUUGGUGGUAGAGUUCCCUGCCACCGGAGGUGCUCUCACCUCCUCCCAUAUCUACUCUGUGAAGCUCCUCAGAUACGUCACAUACUACGAUUACUUCCUGGCUGCUUGCGAAAUCGCCUUCUGCCUCUUUGUGGUUACAUUCAUCAUCCAGAAAGCUAGAAACAUUGUAGAACUGAAAAAGGAGUAUUUCAGAAGUGUCUGGAACUGGCUGGAUUUGCUGCUGCUGGUGGUAUCCAUCCUUGCCAUUGCCUUCAACAUCUACCGCACUGUACAAGUGUCCCUGCUUAUGGAAGAGCUGCUGUCUGAUGCCCACGUGUAUCCAGACUUCUAUUUCCUUGCGUUCUGGCAAGUCCUUUACAACAACAUGAUUGCUGUCAACAUCUUUUUUGCUUGGAUAAAGAUAUUUAAAUAUAUAAGCUUUAACAAAACCAUGACGCAGCUGUCCUCCACUUUAUCUCGCUGUGCCAAAGAGAUCAUUGGAUUUGCCAUCAUGUUCUUCAUCAUUUUCUUUGCCUAUGCCCAGUUAGGCUAUCUGGUCUUCGGGUCGCAAGUUGAAGAGUUUUCCACUUUCCAGAACUGCCUCUUUACACAGUUUCGUAUCGUGCUGGGAGAUUUUAAUUUUGAAACCAUAGAAGCAGCAAACAGAAUCCUUGGACCUAUUUACUUCAUCACAUUUGUAUUCUUUGUGUUCUUCAUACUGCUGAACAUGUUUGUGGCUAUUGUAAAUCACACCUAUGCAGAAGUCAAAGCAGACUUUGCAGUGAUACCCAGUCAAGAACUUCAGAUCAGAGACCUCUUUAGACGGGGUUGCAAUAAGGCCCUUGUCAAGCUCAAGCUGAAGAAACCAGAGAUGGACACGAAGCCCGCAGAUGAGAGCUUGGAAAGCAAGAAAUUUCCAGCCACUGAAAGAAAGGAUAUUUCUCAGCUUUCCAAUGAAGACACUGCUAAAGAAAAGAGCCAGCUGAACUUAUCCAAGCUACAGAAAGAGAACGAAAAAAUUCAUCAGAAGCAUUCAUCUACUGAGGACACAGACGCAGUCCCAGCUCAGAGCUAUGUCUCCACCGCAGAGUUUCAGCAGCUCUUCAGGUACACAGCUCGGUUGGCGAAGGAAUUAAAUAACAUUAAUGCACAACUGAAGAGAAUUAAGAAAAGGAUGUACCAGCUGAAGGACACUUCAGGCAAGACGGCACAGGGAAGUGCAUGA